AUGCUUCAUUUAUUCGUCCGAAUCACAUUAUUACUUUACGCUGUCCUUGCGUUGGACUCCUCCGCUGAGGAUGGGUUAUGGAUACCUGCAGACGCUAUUGGAAGGCCAAAAGAGCCAGUCAGAAACCUUUUGAAUAAUAGUAUACCAGAGUCUGAACGGAAUAAAUGCUAUUGCACAUACAGUGAAGAUAUAUGUGGUCAUAAUAAGACUUGUAUAAAGGAUGAUCUAGCUGCAUGCUUCCAUGCCGUCGAAGAGAUAUAUGAUCGUAAGCAACGUUCAUUAGUCACACUACAUAAAUAUGGUUGCGCACCUCUCGAAAAAGGGAGCGAUGGUUCGCAUCUGACGUGUAAUUCAUGGAGAUCAGCUCAUCGGAAACCGCAAAGCAUUGGUUGUUGUUAUGAAGGAAAUUAUUGUAAUUUGCACGUUGUUCCACCACCUUAUGUUAAUCCGCUUGAAGUUCCUUCUAGCUUCCUCUUAGAACUUAUAGAGGAUUAUAUAAUUCUGUUCAUAUCACUUUGCCUCAUUAAACUGGUAUUAAUAGUUCUUCUUUGUGUAUAUCUGAGGAAACGAUACAUUGCACGAAUCACCGAGAAGAAAGCGUUACUGGAAAAAGAUUCUGAGAAAGACCCCAUCUUGAUUGAUGACUCCGGAAGCGGAUCAGGGCAAACAACACUUAAUCAGCGAACCGUCGCUCAAAAUCUUGUCAUAAUCGAAGUAAUCGGUAGAGGACGAUAUGGAGAAGUUCGAAAAGCCAUGUACAGAGGCAAUUACGUUGCUGUGAAGACUUUCUAUACAACUGAUGAAGAAUCGUGGCGAAAUGAGAAAGCAGUUUAUCAAACUCAAAUGCUCAACCAUGAAAAUAUUCUUCAAUAUGUGGCUGCUGACAUUUGUAGUGAGAACUCGAUAACUCAAAUGCUACUAAUAACUGAUUAUCAUGAACACGGGUCAUUAUCCGAUUAUCUGCGCAGAGAGGAGACACUUACUGUUGAAGAAGCAUUACGUCUUGCUCAUAGCACCAUAUGUGGCAUAGAUCAUCUCCACAACGGGCUACAUGGAACUGGGAAUCUGAGAAAACCAGAAAUAGCUCAUCGUGACAUUAAGUCUAAAAACAUUAUUGUCAAACGUAAAGGAGUAUGUUGUAUUGCUGAUUUUGGAUUGGCUGUUAGAUAUGACGGACGGUUGAUCCCUGAGAAGGUUAAUGUUCAAGUAGGAACUAAACGAUACAUGGCUCCGGAAGUUUUGAGCAAAACCCUUAUGCCAUCAAGCUUUGAUCAGUUCAAAAUGGCUGACAUAUAUUCGUUUGCCUUGGUGUUAUGGGAAAUAUCCAGAAGAACAGAGUGGCAAACAUCUGAGGAGACCCAGGCAUUAGUUGCACAAAGGGUUGCAGGGAAUCAAACGGCUGCGCAAUCUGAUUCUAGUGGUAUUGGGGAAUCUCUGGAAGAUGCAUCUUCACCCCGAAUUCAGCAUAUGCAGAAGCCCAGUCUGGAUAUGACAAGCAAGGCAUUGCCCUAUGUUCCCCCUUUCGAAGGAAUGGUUCAAAGUGAUCCUUCUUUUGAAGAAAUGCGUGUUGUUGUCGCUGAAAAAGGGCUUCGUCCUCCUCUAGAUGAAAAUUGGACUAGAGACAAAAAUGUUGCCAUGUAUAUGUUAAAAAUGCUUAUGCAAGAGUGUUGGCACAUGAAUCCUCAUCGACGACAUACAGCUCUGAAAAUUAAGUUUGAGCUUUCCAAAGCUAUAGAGGAAGUUCAAGAUGGUGUGAAGCUUAUCCAAAAGCAAAGUAUGUCAUCUGUUCUAGCACCACGAGGUAAAAGAGAUACGGCUGAUAGCGGAUUCAAAGAGAACGUAUUAUGA